CACACAAAUGUUAACCUGAAAAAACUAAAUAUGAACCUUUAUGAAGACGUCACUUCAUCCCAAACGUUUGUUAAAGGAAAAACUUUUUUGAGAAGAGAACUUGUGUGUGUGCGAUUGAGCUGAAGCGCUGCUGCUUCAUUCUGUGAGGUCUGACCGACAUCUAGGGGACGAUUCUAGUAUUGAACCUUUUCCCGAGUGGUGGAUGUGCAGAUUUUUCAUCUGUCACCACUUUGCUUUUCUCUCAGCAAUGUGACGACGGAAUCGCCGGUGGGUUCGAAUUCAUCAGCUCACAGGACUCUUAAUGCAAACUUGACUAUAUGCAUUUGUUCUGUGUACGUGGCCCAAAACAAACAUCAUAGGUUGUUAGAAUAAAAUGUGUUGCACCUCUUCACCCAAAGCAGACUCCCCCUUCUAAACCUAAAGAGAACCGGCUCGUGUCUGCCAACGAAUCAUCUGUAGUUUAAAUGGACUACAGAUACCAUCUGCAUAGGGCGAGCCACGUUCCUUUAACCAAUCGGAAGGACUGUUGGUGCAGAGUGAAGGGAGCGAGGCAGCUGCAGGAGUCUCCUAACCCUCCUCCUAGCCUUUCCCUCCUCCUCCGUCGUCCUCUCGGGAUGUCUGAAGGUGAAUCUGCAGGAAGCAAACUGCUGUCGGUGGACUUUGAGAUCUUCGGUCACGUUCAGGGAGUCUGUUUCAGAAUGUACACAGAGAAGAAGGGUCUGCAGCUCGGUCUGGUGGGCUGGGUGAGGAACACCUGCCACGGGACGGUGGAGGGACAGGUCCAGGGUCCCGCUCACAGGGUGGACGAGAUGAAGCAGUGGUUGGGUAAAGAGGGAAGUCCGUCCAGUCGGAUCACCAAAGCCUCCUUCACCAACCAGAGAACAGUCGGCGAGCUGGAGCUCUCCGGCUUCAAGACGCGCUUCUGACCGACGAAUCAAACGCACCCCGAAGACCUUCUCCACCCCGGCCAGAGUAAAGGACGCUGCUUCUCGAUGACUUGAGAUGUGAGGUCUACGAAUGACAAGUUUCAUGACCAUUUGACGCUGGGUUGGUUUGUAGAAGGACGGUUGAAAUUUUCAGCCUGGAAGUCAAAUAUUUGUCAAAUAAAUAAAUCCAUGGUAAUGUUUCAUUAAUGAUAUAAGAAGACCCCUGUAAAUCAUUGCAAUGGUUUGAUCCGAGCAGAUCAGCUCCCAUUAAAUCUACCACUGUGUACGAUGUAAACAAA